AUGUCGGACCCCGCAAAGCCAAAGACCCCAAACAACCAGGAGAACAACGGCGGCAACGCUGUGUCCAAGAACGCAGAAAAGAAGCAGGCAAAACAGAAUGAGAAGGACGCCCGUAAGGCGGCCCGCUUAGCGGAGGAGGCCGCGCGUGCGGCGGAAAAGGCAGCUCAGCUGACGAAGUACGCCAACUUUUUUGGUACUGCCCCGUUGUUGCAGUCCACCACGUACGGCUCCAAGAAAUUUAGUGAAAUUUCUGCGCUGACCAAAGCGUCUGUGGGCACCGUUGUGACGCUUCGUGCCCGCGUUGACACGACACGCAAGAAGGGCAAGCUUGCCUUUAUGGUACUGCGCGACGGCGGGAAUUCCAUUCAAGCCAUGACGGCCGUUGCGGAGGAUGUACCAAAGGAAAUGAUUGAUUUUAUCGGGCAGAUUCCGUGCGAGUCGAUUGUGGACGUUGAGGCGACGGUGUGUGGCGUGGAACAACCCAUCACAUCCACCACGCAGCAUGAUAUUGAGCUGAAGAUCAGCAAGGUACACGUGCUGAGCGAGGCGCUGCGCGUGCUGCCGUUUACGCUGGAGGAUGCGUCACGCCGCGAGGAUGACGAGGGCAUUAAGAUUAAUUUUGACACCCGACUUGGGUGCCGCUGGCUGGAUCUCCGCACCCCAGCCUCAAACGCCAUUUUUAAAAUGCAGUCCAGGGUGCGACAGUACUUCCGUCAGUUUCUCCUGGACAAUGACUUUGUGGAGAUUCACUCGCCGAAGAUCAUCGCCGCCGCAAGUGAGGGAGGCGCCAACGUGUUCAAGGUGGACUACUUCAACCGCAACGCCUACUUGGCCCAGUCUCCGCAGCUGUACAAGCAAAUGGCUCUGCAAGGCGAUUUUAAGCGCGUUUUUGAGGUGGGCCCCGUCUUCCGCGCGGAGAACAGCAACACCCACCGUCACCUGACCGAAUUCGUUGGCUUGGACGUCGAGAUGCGGAUAAAUGAGCAUUACUACGAGGUACUUGACACCGCAGAGGAGCUCUUCUCUUACAUGUUUGCAAACCUUGCAAAGCAUACGGAGGAACUUGUCGCCAUUUGCAGGCAGUACCCGUUUGCGUCACUGUUAUGGCAGCUGACACCGGAGACGAUCAAGACUUUGGGUGUGGGCAUCAUUGAGGAUGGCGUGGAGCCAACAGAUGUCUACAAGGCGCGUGUUCGCAACAUGGGGAUGCGUAUGCUGCGCAUCAACUACCCGCACUGCAUUGAGCUCCUGAACACCGUCUUGGAGGAGAAGUUGUCUCCGACCGAUGACAUCAACACCGCCAACGAGAAGUUGCUUGGCAAGCUGGUGAAGGAGCGCUACGGUGUGGACUUCUUUAUCUCCGACCGCUUCCCCUCGGUUGCGCGGCCCUUCUACACGAUGCCGUGCUCCGACGACGAACGCUUUACGAACUCAUACGACAUGUUUAUCCGCGGUGAGGAGAUAUCGAGCGGGGCGCAGCGUAUUCACGAUUCAUCCCUCCUGCUGCAGCGCGCCAAAACACUCGGUGUCGACCUUUCGCCCAUCAGGGACUACGUGGACUCGUUUCGCCUUGGCGCAUGGCCCCACGGCGGCUUUGGUGUUGGUCUUGAGCGGGUGGUGAUGUUGUACCUGGGCCUCCACAACGUGCGCCUCGUCUCGCUCUUUCCGCGUGACCCGCAGCGUGUGACACCGUGA